AAAAAUUGCUUCAACCCAACAAGAAGAAGAAAAACCUAAGAUUCUCUCUCGUCAUCGUUUCUGGUUUCUUACCUUCUGCUGGUUCAAACUCUAGACACAGUUUGAGCCGCGUACGCUAUUCUCAGCGAAGAGAAGAAUAAAAUGGCAGAAGAGGAAUCAAAGCCUCUGAACUAUAUUCCAGAGGUUAUAUUAAAGAAGAGGAAAAGCGGCGAAGCAUGGGCUUUAAGGAAAAAGGAGCAAUUCCAGCAGAAAAAUUUCCAGUCCAAGAAGUCCAAGGACUUCAUCAAGAAGCCCGAGGAUUUCGUUUUUGAAUAUCGCAAUAGGGAGGUGGAUCUUAUAAGGAUGAAACGGAGGGUCAAGAGGAAACUACCAGAACUAUUGACCACAAACUCCAAGCCCUUAAUAAUCAUUCGGAUACAGGGGAAAAGAGACAUGCAUCCGAAAACCAGAAAGGUCCUGUACAGCUUGGGGUUGAGAAGAAUAUUCAGUGCUGUCUUUGUGAAGCCAACUGAGGGGGUAAUGGCUAAGCUGCAGAGAGUGGAACCAUAUGUUACCUAUGGGUAA